AUGUCUAUCCGAGCUCCGAAACAGAACUUCCCCUCCUUGGACAUUACGGCCAACGCGAAAGAACAUGGCCUAUCUCACCCUUUCUUCCCUCCUCACGGCGAAGCCGACCAUCCCUAUCCCAACCCGUUGGGGUUCCAGUCUAACAACGGCCAAGUCGGCCGCCCAGGCCACCCCUAUCCGUCUCCGUGGGCCCAUGCCGGCGACAAAGACCAAGGUGAGGAAGCCAAUAAGAAAACUGGUGAUGUGUCCGCUUCUCGCAAGCCACACCAACGCCCAGAUCCUGCGGGAGGUCAUCCACCAUACACUUUUCCGGGCUACGCUCAGCAGCCACACAUCUACCCGGGCCCUCUUCCAUGGCAUCCGCCAAAUGCCUAUUAUGGCCUAACUGAGGGUAGAAAGCCCCGCCAUUCCCACUGGGAUGAUGACAAACCUAAGCCAUCCCCUUGCAGGUCGUACCACUAUCCUGGACCAGCUGAUGGCGACAGACCCCACAGUAUCCAGACGUGCCCCGCGGCGACAGAUCUGUCUCUCCCAAUAGGGAGACGGCGACAAUCAGCAGCCGCUUUCCAGCAGCCAGCAAGUUGGACCUGGUAG